AAACAAGACACUGUAAUGAGAGAAGCUAUAAGUCCUCAUGAAAGAUUAACUGCUACACUGCGAUUUCUAGCUACAGGACGUUCCUACCAAUGUAUGAAGUUUUCUACAAUAAUAUCACCGCAAGCUCUUAGCCAAAUAAUCCCUGAAACCUGUGAUGCUCUGUACGAGGUUCUACGGAAAGAUUACUUAAAGUUUCCAAAAAGAGAAGAAGAGUGGAGAAUAAUAGCGAGAGAAUUUGAGCAGAAGUGGAACUUUCCUCACUGUUUAGGUGCUAUUGAUGGCAAGCACGUUGAAAUCGUGCCCCCAAGUAACAGUGGCUCGUUUUAUUAUAACUAUAAACAUAGACACAGUAUGGUAUUACUAGCAAUCGUUGAUGCAAAAUACAGAUUCCUGUUAGUUGAUUUUGGGACAAAUGGAAGGGUUUCCGAUGGCGGAGUAUUGUUGAAUACAAAAUUUUAUGAAAAACUUGAAAAAAAGGCGUUAAAUAUUCCUACAGAAGAAAGGUUACAUAAUAGUCCACGAAUACUGCCAUAUGUAUUUGUAGCUGAUGACGCGUUUCCUCUAAGAAAGGACAUGAUGAAGCCAUUUCGGCAAAGUGACUUAGAUAGUAGAAUUAAGAAGAUAUAUAAUUAUCGGACAUCGCGAGCACGCCGUAUAGUCGAAAACGCUUUUGGUAUACUAGCGGCGAGGUUCAGAAUUUACAGAACACAAAUGAAUAUGUCGCCUGAAACUAUUGGGUCAGUCGUAAGAGCAACCUGUGCUUUGCAUAAUUAUUUGAUGUCAUCAUCGCUUAAUUCAUACGCUCCUUCAGAAUGUUUCGAUAGUGAACAUUAUGAGGAAGGUACGAUAACGUCAGGAUUCACAACCAACGACUCAACACUUGAACCAUUACAAAGAACUACACAAGGCCGUACAAUUCAAACAGCAAAUCAGAUAAGAAGUCAAUUUAUGACGUAUUUUGUAACUGAAGGGAAAGUUCCUUGGCAAGACAAUUUUGUUCAUUAAUGUCAAAAUACAGGACUUGUAUUCGAGUAAUAUAAUUAAGCAAUAAAUAUUUUUUCAGAAAUAAAAACUUACCUCAUUUUCGUCAU